AAGAAGACCAGCAGCCCCGGAGGAAAGCGCUGCUCCUGCUCAGCCGCGGCUGCUCCUGCCCCUGCUCUGGGGUGGGCAGCUCUGGAAGCGGGGAUCAGAUUACAGACUCCCCCCGUGAAGGGGUGACCAAGCUGGAGGCAGAGUUGAAGUUUCUGCUCACUGUUUGGGGGUGAAUCGGUGAGACUGAGGAGCGCAAGAGGGAAGUCAAAGGGAGCUCUGGACCACGGAAGGAAAAAGCGGAGAGAAGGAUACCCAUCACCUCAUUUUUUCUCUGGCAUCCCUUGCCACUGGCCAUGAAGAGGAAACAGAAAAGAUUUCUGCAAAUGACGUUGUUGUUCGUGGUGACUCUGAUUUUCCUGCCCAACAUUGGACUCUGGUCUCUGUACAGGGAAAGACACCUGGUGAAAUCCACCAUGCUUGGAGAGCAGCAGACAUUCCCAAUGGGGCUUGGAGAUGGACAGCUCUAUACCUGGACAGAUGGCUUGAAAAGAAAGGACUGGCAUGACUAUGAAAGUAUUCAAAAAGAUGCCAUGCGUUCAGGGAAAGGUGAACAGGGAAAGCCUUAUCCUCUCACAGAAGAAGACGAUGAUGAUUCUGCAUAUCGGGAAAAUGGUUUCAAUAUUUUUGUGAGCAACAACAUAGCCUUAGAGCGAUCCCUGCCAGACAUUCGACAUCCUAACUGUAAGCACAAGGUAUACUUGGAGAAGCUUCCAAACACUAGCAUAAUCAUCCCAUUUCAUAAUGAAGGUUGGACAUCACUCUUGCGAACCAUACACAGCAUUAUCAACAGGACUCCAAAUAGCCUAAUAGCAGAAAUCAUUCUCGUGGAUGACUUCAGUGACAGAGAACACUUGAGAGAAAAGCUGGAGGAAUAUAUGGCACGUUUUGUCAAAGUAAGAAUUGUGCGCACCAAAAAACGGGAAGGGCUCAUUCGCACCAGACUACUUGGAGCCUCAAUAGCUAAAGGAGAAGUCUUGACCUUCCUCGACUCCCAUUGUGAAGUCAACGUGAACUGGCUGCCUCCUUUACUUAAUCAGAUUGCGCUAAACCAUAAGACCAUUGUGUGUCCCAUGAUCGAUGUCAUUGACCACAAUCACUUUGGGUAUGAGGCACAAGCGGGAGAUGCCAUGCGUGGAGCCUUCGACUGGGAGAUGUACUACAAAAGAAUACCAAUUCCACCAGAGCUCCUGAGGGCUGAUCCCAGUGACCCUUUUGAAUCCCCUGUUAUGGCUGGAGGUCUGUUCGCUGUUAACAGAAAGUGGUUUUGGGAUCUCGGUGGCUACGAUCCAGGUUUAGAAAUCUGGGGAGGGGAGCAGUAUGAAAUUUCCUUCAAGGUCUGGAUGUGUGGAGGGGGGAUGUUUGACGUUCCGUGUUCUAGAGUGGGGCACAUCUACAGGAAAUAUGUCCCUUACAAAGUCCCAUCUGGCACCAGCCUAGCAAGAAACCUGAAGCGCGUGGCAGAAACGUGGAUGGAUGAAUUCGCAGAGUACGUUUACCAGAGGCGGCCCGAGUACAGACACCUCUCCACCGGCGAUAUCUCAGCCCAGAAAGAGCUUCGCAAGCAUCUGAAGUGCAAGGACUUCAAGUGGUUCAUGGCUGCAGUGGCUUGGGAUGUACCUAAAUAUUUCCCACCAGUGGAGCCACCACCUGCUUCCUGGGGAGAGAUUCGAAACGUGGCAGCAAACCUGUGUGUGGACAGUAAGCACGGAGGUACAGGCACAGAGCUGAGGCUGGACAUCUGUGUGAAGGAUGGCUCUGAACGGACCUGGUCACAUGAGCAGCUCUUCACCUUUGGUUGGAGAGAAGACAUCCGUCCAGGAGAACCUCUUCACACCAGAAAAUUCUGCUUUGAUGCCGUUUCGCACAGCAGCCCCGUCACACUUUAUGACUGCCAUGGUAUGAAGGGCAACCAGCACUGGAGCUACAAGAAGGACAAAACUUUGUUCCAUCCGGUGAGCAGCAGCUGCAUUGAUUGCAGUCCGGCAGAGAAGAAGAUUUUCAUGAACAGAUGUGAUCCUUUAUCUGAAACUCAACAGUGGAUUUUUGAGCAUAUUAAUAUGACUGUUUUAGAGAAAUUUAACAGCAAGAAAACUAGCUCUUAG